AUGCUCGGCGGCUCGUUCGUAGCUGCUAUAGCGUGGAUCAAGGUCGCGCAGCUAGCCAAAAACCCACUGGACAAAGUGGACGCGAUCGCGCUGUACGUGCACGCUGUGAUGUUUACGAUUCUGGCGGUGCUUUCUGUUUUUGGCUUCCUAGGCACCCUAACCAAAUCCCGCCGCCUAAUCUCAACCUUCGCAAUCGCACUCGCGAUCCACCUCGGCUUCUCCCUCGCCUCCGGCGCAUUCACUUUAUACACCGUGUUCCACGAGCGGACCGCGGACGCCGUCGCACGAUGCCUUAACGAAUCCCAGUUGCCCGAUCCGGAUAUGGAUGGGGAUGGGGAGGUGAAGGCGUGUCGCGGGGCGGUGGCGCUGAUGAAGGGUGUGAUGGUUGUGGUUUAUGUGGUUACGUGGUUUAUCCAGCUCUACGCAUAUUUCAUCGUAGAGCGCUAUGUGGCGCAGUUGGCCGACGAGGAGGUUGCAGCAGCGACAGUCGUUAUCCCGCAAAGUGCGCUUGCAAUGGAACAGGCUGCGCCGAUGAUGAGUACGACGUAUGGCUCGUUUGGGCCUGCGUACCCGUUUACGGCGCCUGGACACGCGUUUGGUUUGGGCACGGGGGUGCAAGUGGCGGGAGUUUCGCGGGGGAGGGAUGGAAGUGCGAUGCGCACACGCCCGGCUCACCGCGUACCUCGCCCCUCCCCCACCACCCGCGCGCACCCGCAGGCCGAAGCGCGGGGCACGACUGGCACAUGCGCUCAUGGGGUGGGUGUACGACGCCGGGACGGUGCUCUGUAUGGUAGGUAUGCUCGUGGCGGUCGCGGUGCUUGUGUACAUGUUCUUUGUCUCUGGAUGGAGGGUGGUGGAGAAGGUAUUGUUUGCGCGGCAUACACCGGUGCGUCUGAUGAAAAGGGCUUUGACGGAGUCUGCUCCGACUUUAAGCAGCGCACCGCGUCUGCCUUCCAUAACGCCCAUCGUACGUCCCACCAAUCUUCUUUUAUCUUGAAGAAAAACACCAACGAAACACAGAUCCCCGGGCUCACCGUCCCGCUGAGCGACCUCCCGCUCAUCGUCCUCGCCGCCGCCUCCUGCCAGAUCAUCCACGAGCUCGGGCACGCCCUCGCCGCCGCCCGCGACGCUCUCCCGAUUCUCUCAUCCGGCGCAUCCCUCCUCGUCUUUCUGCCCUCCUUCUUCGUCGCCUUCCCUUCAUCCCCCUCCCCAUCCCCCUUCGCUUCACCACACCACACAACACCAACACUAUCCACCCUCCGGCCCCGCGCACGCGCACGCAUCAUCGCCGCCGGCCCAUUCCACAACCUCCUCUUCUACGCCCUCAUCGCCCUCAUUGUCCCAUGGACACGCAUCCCCCGCGCCGCCGUCUUUCUCGGGGGUUAUGUCGAUGUUAGCACGGAUAAAAGCCGUGUAGGCGGCCGAGUCGUCGUUAGUGUUAGCCAGGACUCGCCGUUGGCUCAGCACAUCCCCCGCGGCGCGCUCAUAACGUAUCUGGACGACACAUCCCUCUUCCUCUCCUCCGCCUCCUCUCCUUCCCCACCCCCCUCAUUCUUCGCAUCCCUGUUCUCCACUAACACUCCAGAUCCAUGGACAGCGUACCUCACCGCGCCAAGUCCAAGUCCAAGUCCAAGUCCAAGUCCAAGCUCACAUUCACAUUCACAACUAGAGCCGCAACUAGAGUCCCAAUCAGAGCCAGAGCAGGUGCUGGGCUGGUGUAUACCCACCAUCGAAUUCGCGCCUACCCAAGGACAAAGACAAAGACAAGGGUGCAUCGACCCCGUCCCGCUUCUCACACUUCCCUUCUCCCAUCCUUUCCCCUCUGCACACACGCACACGCACACGCACCAUACAAUCCCCGCGAAGUAUAAAUCCCAAAUCCCCGCGAACAGGUGUUUCGAGGCGCGCGAUUGUAGCGCUGGCUCCGAGGAUAAGGAUAAGGAAAAGGAAAAGGAGGAGAAGUAUACAUACACAUGCGCCGCGCCGCACGUGCGCGCGGGUGCGGAUGCUGGGUUGAUGCGGAUCGCGUACCUCCCUGAUGCAUAUUCGUAUUCAUAUGCGUAUGCGGAUGUGUAUGGGGAUGCGGAUGCGUAUGCGGAUAUGUAUGGGGAGAGAGAUCGCGCUGCAGAGGCUGAGAAGGAAAGGGUAGUAUUAUGGUCCGGUCCACGCGCGGAAGUAUACCUAAAACUAACCACCCUCUCACUCUACAUCUUCAACCUCCUCCCGCUCCCGCGGCUCGACGGCAUACAGCUCCUCUCCGCCCUACUCGAUUGCCUUUUCAUUGUGCUCAACCGUGUGCUGUGGUUGCGGUUGCGUAGCGACGCGGACGCCGACGUCGAGGCUGAGGCUUAUGACGAUGAUGAUGACGAUGAUGAUGAUGAUGAGGAGGAGGAUGAGGAGGAGGAGGAGGAGGAGGAGGAUGAUGAUGAGGGGGAUGAUGAGGGGGAUGAGGAGGAUGACGAUGACGAAGUGCCAGAGGACAUCGCGUUCACAUUCGCGUUGACACAGUACAUCCCCGCGGUCGAAGCUGGCGGAACGCGCACACACACGAAACGCCACCGCCUCGCACAAAACCGCAAACGCAAACGCAAACGCAGACAAAGGCAAGAACAAGAACAAGAACGGCUCAAAGACUGCGUGAUGCGGUACACGCCACGAUGUGUCCUUGCUCUGGUGGUGGGGUGUAUCGUUUUGGGUUUGGUUGGUGUGGUGGUGGUUUGA